GGUCAGUAUUUACUCUGAGCUCGCGCUGCGCUUUCUUCCGGUUUCGUUGUGCGGUUUCGUUCCGCUUUUGUCGUUUUCAUGCUUCUCAUACACAACACAGAUGGCACCCGUUCGAUCGCUAACACACUUAAGUCUCACUAAAACAAAGGAAAUGAAACUUGAAAUAUGCGACCUACUAGAAACAGUCUUGUUUACUAUCUUCUCUGACAUCGAAUGCAGACUUGUGGAGCAUAGUUGUUUUACCAAAACAACAGAAAGGACAGGGUUACACUUAAAGCGUUUCAUAAACUAACUGUUUGUAAGUAAAACCUUAUGCACAUUCUAGACUGACUGGCUGUAAGUAAAACCUUAUUUAUAUUCUUUGUGGAUAGGCUAACUUGAGUAACAGUCUACAUUUAUUUGGCUUUAGGUUGUACGAUGAAAUUGACCAACACAAAACCCGUCUCGCUCUUCACACUGAUUCUGCUAUUUCACACUGUCCAAGCAGAAGCUUCUCAUGAUGACAUUGAUGAAGUGAGGAUCCUGGUUGUGGGGGUCAGAGGUCAGUCCAGAUUCAGUGCUGCAGAUCUUCUGUCAGGAAGGAAAGACGGAGGACAGGAGGACAGAGAGAUUGUAAAGACUCCAGUAAUUACAGACGGGGCUCGUAGAAUGAUGCUGGUCACUGGACCAAACCUCUGUGAGGAGGACGCAGCGAGACAGACCUUCACAACAGCGCUGUUUCUCUCAUCUCCUGGACCUCACGCCGUUUUAAUGCUCCUGAAUCUGGAAGAUCAACAAUCACAACAGUGUGAUAUUGAGAAACGAGCCCAGGAGCUGCUGGGAGCAGAAGUCCUGCAAUACUGCAUUGUUCUUCUGCUCCAAAACCACCAGGAACCUUUGACAGGAGCGUCCAGAGGGAUUGCUGAAGAAAUGAUCAACGCAUGUGGAGGAAGAUUUCACAUCAUAAGAGACUCUGAACCAAAACCUGCUCAAAGAGCAACUCUUAUAGCAGAAAUAGACAAGUUAGUUCAGCUCAAUGGUGGCAGCUUUUAUUCAGUUCAUAAAUUAGAAACUGAAGAAACCAUUCAAGAUAUGCAUGAAAACCAGGUUUUAUCUGUAAUAUAUGAAACUUUUGGAGGAGCAGUUGGAAUCAUAGGAUGGAUUUUCUUCAUUUCAGUAACUGCUCUUGCUAUUUACACUAAAGGAAAGGACAUAAAUUUGAUUUAUGGUGCAGCAUUUACUGUAUUUGUAUUGUUUAUGGUCUAUCUAAGACGUUUUCUGAGUCCAGAUCUUGCCAUCCCACUUAAUUUGGCCUUAUUAUCAUCAUUAGCAACUGUUCUUACAAAAGACUCUAAAUUAGCUGAUAUUGAGUUUAAGAGCAAUUAUCUUCUGUCAGGAAGGAAAGACAGAGGACAGGAGGACAGAGAGAUUGUAAAGACUCCAGUAAUUACAGACGGGGCUCGUAGAAUGAUGCUGGUCACUGGACCAAACCUCUGUGAGGAGGACGCAGCGAGACAGACCUUCACAACAGCGCUGUUUCUCUCGUCUCCUGGACCUCACGCCGUUUUAAUGCUCCUGAAUCUGGAAGAUCAACAAUCACAACAGUGUGAUAUUGAGAAACGAGCCCAGGAGCUGCUGGGAGCAGAAGUCCUGCAGUACUGCAUUGUUCUUCUGCUCCAAAACCACCAGGAACCUUUGACAGGAGCAUCCAGAGGGAUUGCUGGAGAAAUGAUCAACGCAUGUGGAGGAAGAAUUCACAUCAUAAGAGACUCUGAAACAAAACCUGCUCAAAGAGCAACUCUUAUAGCGGAAAUAGACAAUUGUGGCAGCCCUUAUAAACUAUCUACCAGUGUGCAAGUCAAAUGA